AGGAGUGUUUGAGAUGGCAUUACAAUUCUUGCAAAAACUGAAAGUGAAAUGAGGAAGGCCGAUUGAGCAAUCAAUGGAAGGGCGAGCGCCAGUGCAGCGGCUGCACGGCUGGUCGUGGCAGAGAUGCAGAGGGGCAGAAAGAAGAGAAUCGAGGAGAACUCUCCUGAGGGGCAGAGCCUGGCCCGGCGAUGUAGUCAGUGCAGGGCACACACAGAUAACAGGAAAUGAUCCGGCAUCCCUUGUGGUCACUUUCUCUAAAGGCCCCAACCUCCCAAGUGCAAGUACUGCAAUGGAUGACUCCACCGAAAGACAGCAGUCCCGCCUUCCCUCUGGCAUCAAGGAGAGAGAAGAAAUGAAACUGAGGGAGUGUGUUCCCCUCCUCCUGCAGAAGGAAAGCCCCUCUACCCGCCUCUCCAGAGAGGGCAAGCUCCUGGCCAUGACCUUGCUGCUGGCCCUGCUGUCCUGCAGCCUCUCGGUGGUGUCUCUCUACCGGGUGGCCGCACUGCAGGCCGAUCUGUUGAGCCUCCGGGCAGCAGUGCGGGGCCACCAGGCGGAGCAGCUGCCUGAGCUUCCUGGGUCAGACACAGCUUCCCCCAAGGCCGACCUGGAGGAAGCUGCGGCUGUCACCACAGGACUGAAAGGUCUUUUGGCACCAGCAGCAGCUCUGAGAGAAAGCAACUCCAGCCGGAGCAGCAGGAGGAAGCGUGCCAUGGAGGGUGUAGACGAAACAGCCAUUCAAGAUUGCUUACAACUGAUUGCAGACAGUGACACACCAACUAUACGAAAAGGAUCUUACACAUUCGUUCCAUGGCUUCUCAGCUUUAAAAGAGGAAGAGCCCUGGAAGAAAAGGAGAAUAAAAUAUUGGUCAAAGAGACUGGUUACUUCUUUAUAUAUGGUCAGGUCUUGUACACCGACAACACCUUUGCCAUGGGACACCUGAUUCAGAGGAAAAAAGUCCACGUCUUUGGAGAUGAACUGAGUCUAGUGACUUUGUUCCGAUGCAUUCAAAACAUGCCUGAGACACUGCCCAAUAACUCAUGCUAUUCCGCUGGCAUUGCGAAGUUGGAGGAGGGAGACGAACUUCAACUUGCAAUACCACGAGAGAAUGCGCAGAUCUCACGAGAUGGAGACGGCACCUUCUUUGGUGCCUUGAAGCUGCUGUGACCUGCUUACACCACGCUCGGCUUUUCCCUACCCCGGGGUCACCUCUCUGGGGAAUCUGACCUGCUGCUUACACCACCCACGGCUCUUCCCUACCCCGGGUGUAACCUCUCCGGGGAAACACUUAGCAAAAGGAACAAACAGUAGUCACCAUGGCCUUCUCUGUGAGCUAUUUCUUUUCAUUUGCUGAAACUAGUCUGAAACAGGAAAUUUAACAGACGGCCACAGACUAUCAUGUGAAUUACAAGAAAUAAAGUCCAUGUAAGGAAAGAUGGAAUUAGAAAGAUGUGUCACUCUAAUUCCGCAUUGAGCAACUGGCUCUUCCUAUCUUUGGAGGAAGCACACAGCUCAACGGGGCGGUAGGAUUUCUGCAGACCUGAGGCUCUGUGACUGGCCACACCUGGAGUGUUCGCAUCUGGCACAGGAUGGGCAAUUUUUGGUUUAUGCUGUUUCCUUUUCUAUUAAACAGGCCCCUUUUCAUUUCAGCGAACAUUACAGAAAUGAAACAAGAAUGCUAGGAAUCUUACAUCAGCCACAUGAGCCAAUAAUGGCAGGCUUCAAUUUAAAUACUAACUAUUAUACUCCAAGCAGGAUAUUGUUUACAUCUUUUGGGACUUAACUUGUAAUUUUUAUGUCUGAGUUUAUCCAAAUAAUUUUCGCAGGAGGGAAGAGUCUUCCUUAUUCAUCUGUGCCUCUGUGCACUUCUGCCAUGCAAGCCAGCUGCCCUCACAGCUCAUACAGGACAACUCUGAUCCAUGCGCAGAACGCAGACACUGAGCUAUAACUGCCCUUCUGCCGAUGAGAAGGCAAUAUGGUUUCUGCUUUAUUUCCUGUUUUUCUGUUUCAAACUGCUGCUAUUGUAGUUCACAUAGCCCAGCCUGUUGGUAGAGAAUUCUGUACUCACUCGACAGGCGCUGAGGUUAGUGCAACGUCAUAGCAUCCUAAAGUAUAGCA